AUGGACCCAUUAUGUAAACAAAUAUCGGGGUAUCCUGUGGUUGGUAACGCUCAUAUACCAUUAGAAGAACCCAAUGUAGAACAACCAAUCGAAGAAAAAAAAAUUCAGACAAUAAUGAUAUAUAAAAAUCCCAAUGAUGGACAUGAUGUUGAUUUAUUAACAAUAACCGGUGUUAGACAAAAAAUUAAUUUAUAUGUAACAUUAUUAAUUGAUAUUGUUUUUACACAACAAGAAUUAUUGCAACUUGAUGCAACAAAAUCAAAUUUAAUGAUGACUAUAAAUUAA